AUGAGCGACGACGAACAGUACACACUCAGCUUCCCUCCGAACUUCUUUGGCGCUGGCCCCGAACCCGACCCUAUCAACAUCCCGGGCUACUGUGUUCCAAACCUCAUGCAAGCUGGAGGACCGGCCGAAGCUCUGGGACAGCCUGUGAGCCCCCGAGACGGCUCUGCGGCGAACAUGACGGCUGCGCCACUACGCUCUCUGUUCUCCUCGGAGAGCCACCCGUCGGCUUCCCCACCAGGGCCCGAUGAGGAGACGCCCACGCGCCCUACUACUUCGAGGGGGACUCACGCCCUUGGGCACCAAACCCGUGAGACGGACCCUGGGACCUUCAAUUUCGACCUAAGACCAGCGCAAUGGCCGGGCGACAACAUCGUGAACAACAGCUCGCCGCCGGUUACCCCGACAAGGCUCCAACGUGACAGUGCAGCUCCUCCUCAGACGGCGCCUGCUCGCCCUCGUGCACUCCGUAUAACGUCGGUGGCUCAACCGGUCCAGACGAACGUCAGGAAGAGACUUCGGUCUGCCUCUCUAUCGGCGGCGCUCGCUGACGACACCAAGAGUCGCUCUGACAUAGCACCGCCGGCUAGUGCCCCGCAUCAACACACUCAGACACCCCCUAGCGCGGGUGGUGCUGAGGGCCAGCCUAACGAUGGACACGCAGGGACCUCGCUGUCGAACGUCCAACACCUACCCACUCAGCACGAAGCUCCCCUCCCCGCGCCCGCAUCGCUGUACGCCCAUGGCACGGCUGCGUCAGUUGCUGGAACGAACGGCGUCCCGCCUAGCGAAGCGAGGGCGGCAUCUCGUACUACACUCACGGGACACCCAAGCGCUAUGGGUGGCGCGGCGGCGCAUUCGCUACGCGAUGGAGUGUCGCGCUCCGACGAAGGAGAAGCGAAUAUGGCCGCAAACGGCAUGCUCACGAGGGACGCGGGACGAGCUCGCGUCGAGAACCCGACCUACACCACGGCCGCGACUGCGACCGUACGCCCGGCUGACACGCCACUCCUUGUGGGCGCGACGACGGCGGAGGACAUCGAGAAGCAACUAGCUCUCCUCACAGCCCUAACGCAACGCAAGCAACUGGAACUGGAGGCAAUACGCGCGACCUACCCUGCGACUCAGCUGGGCGGAUCCUCCGACGGCUCUGAGCUCGCCCUAGCGGGAGGCCAAGUCCUUAGCCCCAACGUGUACAAUGUGGCGGGUGUGGGGAGCACGGCCCUGGGCCCGUAUCGACUUGAUAACCAGAUUGCCGCGAGCCAGCGCAUGGCAGGACACCUUGGACACCCGACGACGCCCCUGACCCAACGAGCGGGCGCGGAACAAGUCUAUGUCCACCGGCCAAGCCCGGAGGCAGGAAACAGAGACGACAUGGAGAUCGACGGACCGCAGCACGGCCAGUGCAACGAAUGGACGGGCUGGGAACUCGAGUACGCCCAGCUCGGAGAGCAGCACUCCCAGAGCCUUCCGAGCGACCCUCUAGAUGUGCGCCCGGGGACUCAGAACUCCUACGUGCCGACCGUGAACCCGCCGAACGUCCAGAUCGUGACGCGGAGUGGCCAAAUGGACCGAUGCUCGCCCUGGAUCGCCCAGGAGCACGGCUUGAACGUGACCAUGCAUCCUCAAAACGAGGAACGACCGCGCAACGCAGAUGCGAAGAUCACAGUGGCUGCGCCGCGUGAGCCCGUGAUCGUUGCCCUGCCCGACGAGGCGGACGCCGCGGUCUUACCGCCUGUACCGUCGGUCUUCCCGACUAAGCACGCCAUGGCCCCGGGGGAUAUCUUCCGUGGUGCGACUGCGGACAAGUCGGAUGGCUGGAUGAAGCUCAUCAAGGAGAACCCGCACCAGCACUUCCUGUUCCAGUGCCACGGCCAACUUCCGACAAGCGACAGAGCAUACAUUGAGAAGCUCAAGUCGGUCAUCAUCAGGACGCUCGCUGAGUUCACUGGGCUGGACGAGAAGUUCAUCAAGAUCGCCGCCCCGGACUUCCCUUCUCCUACCUCGCGCAACGAGCAAGCGCGUGGCUUCCCCUUCACCUGGUUCUGGCAUCACGUCCCCGGUGAUGCAGCCGCCAAAGCCCAAGAGACUGACAUUAUACUGGGCGACGACCUCACUCUGUACCUCAUCCGCAACCCAAACGCCGUCCCGACGUACAUGGUCUCUCUGAUUGGCUUCCAGCGCGAUGACGAGGACGAGAUCAAGAAGGACGUCGUCGCCGCCCUCAAGAAGGAUGGGCCGCGCGAAGCUACGGCCAUCGCGCUGAACGGCGGCAGUCGUAGUAUCCCGAGCAUGAUCUACGAGAAGGCGGACGCGAUUCUCGAGGGUAUACGGGUGACUGUCCACAAGAUCAAGAAGGGCAAGAACAAGAAGACGGUCAACGUCGUUGUGAACGUCUACUGUGUACCACCCAGCGAGGACCCGGUGCUCUGGCUCCGGUGGAACGAGGAGAUGCGCAAGAUCAAGGUCCCCAGCCUGUACGACAACACUGCGACCCCUCGGCUUCCGACUAGGUGCAACGGAUGCCAUGGCGGAGACCACCUUCUGCUCGAGUGCCCCUUCGAGAAGAUCCCAAGAGUCGUCUCCACGCCAGCGGUGCCGGACGAUGACGAGGCUGAUGAAGACGGCGACGAGGAGCUCUCUGCGCCGGCGAAUGCGGGAGCGCGUGCGGCUCCACAGCCCGCGAUGUCGGCGGGGCAGGGGACGCACAUGUACCCGACGCCUCCCCCGCCCCCGUACUCAGCGCCCCAUCCUCAGAGUGUCCCCGCCCUCGGCCACCAACACCAGGUGGACGCCUACGGGAGAUGGCCGGUCUACACCCCGCAGCAGCCUUAUGACCAACACCAGCCCUACGUCCCACCACAAUACAUGUACGCGCAGAUCCCCAUCCCUGCGGCCACGGCUGGCCGGCCGCCGAACAACCCCCAGCCCACGCGCCACAACGGCAUGAAAGUCCUCACGCCGCAGCACUACCAGCAGAACGCGCACGCGGGCCCGUCCUCGGGCAACCUGUACGAGCCGCGUGACGGGCCCGAGACGCAUGGCGACGCGCAGAACCAGCGGAGCAAGUGGGGAACGCAGGCGCGGGGUGGCGUGCACAGGAGCAAGAAGACUCCGCGCUCACAAGGCCAACCCUCUGACCGCGUAUAA